GGAGGUACCCCUCGUGGAUUCAACAAUUUUUAAGGACCCUGUCGGGGGCGAAGGGGAGGUGGGGUUUGCCUGCGCGCGCCACUCCGGAGAGCAACUCCGGAGCCCGCGCGGUCGCCGCCUGCAGACCCGGCCAUGGCCCGGCGGGAGGAGGGCGCAGGGCGCCGGGGCCGCGCGGGCCCCUAGCCGGCCGCUCCCUCGCCAGCCGCGCUCCGGCCCUCCGCGCAUCCGGACCGUCUCUUCUUCGCCCGGACGGCGCCGGGGAGCAGAGGACCUGCGCUCCGGCCCCCCAGGAUGUGCGCGUCUGAGAUGGGGACGCUGUGGCAGCGCUGGUCCCCGGUGCUCAUCAGCCUGGCCGCCCUGUUUUCCAAAGUGUCGGAAACUCGCGGGAUCCUGGACAGCAUUCAGAGGUUCUCCCUGCUGCCCACCUACCUCCCCGUGACCUACCACAUCAACAACGCGGAUGUGUCCUUCUUCCUGAAGGAAGCCAACCAGGACAUCAUGAGGAACUCCAGCCUGCAGUCCCGCGUGGAGUCCUUUCUGAUCUACAAAUCCAAGCGGCUUCCCGUGCUGAAUGCCAGCUACGGGCCUUUCUCCAUCGAGCAGGUGGUGCCCCAGGACCUGAUGCUCCCUUCCAACCCCUUCGGACUUACCAACAGGUUUUCUCUCAACUGGAAACUGAAAGCCUACAUCCUGCGGGAGAAGGUCUACCUGAGCCGGCCCAAGGUGCAGGUCCUGUUCUACAUCGUGGGCAGAGACUGGGACGACCACAGCGCCGGGGAGAAGCUGCCGUGUCUCAGGGUCUUCGCCUUCCGGGAGACCAGAGAGGUGAGGGGCGGCUGCCGGCUGCAGGGGGAGCUGGGGCUGUGCGUGGCCGAGCUGGAGCUGCUGCCCGGCUGGUUCAGUCCCCCCACGGUGGUUGCCGGGAGGAGGAAGUUCGUGGACCAGCCGGAGGGCAGCCCCGUGGAGCUGUAUUACACCGUGCAGCCGGGCGACGAGAGAGGGGACUGUGCCAGGGAAGACGCAAGGAGAGGCGGUGGCAUCCGUGCAGGCCACAAUGACAUCGAUGAGUCCGGGCCCCCCUUGCACAGGAUCGGAAGUGUCUUCCUGUACCAGACCCGCAGCCAACCUCCCCUGCGGGAACUGCGUCUGGACAGCAACGUGGCCAUUCACUACACACCAAAGACCGUGAGACGAGGAGAUGUGUUGACUUUCCCUGUUUCCAUCUCCAAAAACUCCACGGAAGACCGCUUCACAUUGAGGGCCAAGGUGAAGAAAGGCGUCAGCAUCGUUGGCGUGCGAGCCAGCAGCCCUUCCGUCUGGGAUGUCAGGGGGAGCACGGACUACGCCGGCAAGUAUGCACCAGCUGUCAUCGUUUGCCAGAAGAAAUCGGCUGGCUCGGAAAACAG